AUGGAAUCUACUCCUAAUAGCGAAAGGUCUGUGGAGAUGGUCGAUUCUUCUGCACGAAUAGAAGAUCUCAAGUACCUGUCUGCAUCGAAUGUUAAUGUCUCCAACUUUGUUUCUGUCAAGCUUUCCGGCGAAUCUAAUUACGGUGUCUGGAAGUCGCAGAUGCUUUGCCUCAUGGAGACUCGGAAAAUGCGUGGAAUUGUGGAUCCCAAAUUUGAUGGUCCGGAUGCUACGGACGUCGAGACCUUGAAACAAUACGACAGCCUUCUCAAAGGUUGGAUUUUCGGUUCAGUUAGCGAACACGUACUCAGGACUGUCGUAAAUCUCGGAUCUGCAAUUGCUGUUUGGAAGAAACUGCAAUUAGUCUUUGAUCACGAUGAUAGCUUUCCACAAGAUUCAGAUUUACUGGAACAGUUCACGCUAACAGAAAUAUCAACAGUUACACAAGCAGAAAACAUAGACGAUAUUCAGUUGCGUAAAGCUACAGUGGAAGGGCGGUGGUGGAGAGCAGAAGCCAUAUUGAAAAAUGCUAAAAUGGCAGCAACAGAGGCCAUCAGCAACGAUGGCAACACGAUGCUUCACUUAGCGGUUGAAUUAGGGCAGAACGAUUUCGUCAAGAAGUUGCUGGACUUCAUUGACGAUGGAAACGAAAUCGAGAAGCAAAAUUUAGAUGGGCGCACAGCGCUUCACAUUGCUGCAAUUGUUGGCAACACAUAUGCAGCGGAACUCUUGGUUAAGAAAAGGAAAGAAUUGUUGGGAAUUUCGGACCAUAAAACACACGUACCGUUGCUCAGUGCUUAUUACAAUAUGCAACUCAAUACAUUCAUAUAUUUGUUGGAAGCCACCGAAAUCAAGCACUGUGUUCAUUCACGCCUUCAUCCUGGUGUAAAUCUUCUCAUUACUGCUAUUUUCACGAAACAAUACGAUUUAGCAUCGAAGUUGGCCAAAGUAUAUCCUGAAUUAGCGACGAAUGAUGAUCAAGUAUUGAUGGCUAUGGUUAAAACCUUUCCAAGUGAGCUUGGCUUCAGGGAAGCAUUGAUCUAUCCAUCUUCGAACAAAGUCCAGCGAGAAAUAGUCAAGACUAGUUCUUCACUGUUUUAUUCGUACGAAUUUUCGUUUGCAAGGGCUAAAGACAUCUUAUGGGAGAUAAGAAGGUUUAAAAGCACCUAUCACAGCUGCAGCCAUGUUUUAUCCAAUUUAUCAAAUGAUUCGUCUCCUCGUUUUGGUGCUUUUGUACCCCUUCUUUGUGCUGUAUUUCCUCCUAUGGAAGCUUUUAGCAAACAUAGAUGUUACAGGAGACCGAUUAUUGAGGCUGCAUGUCAUGGUGUCUAUGAGGUUGUUGAUGAAAUUUUAUUCAGGUCACCUAAAGCAAUUGGCUUUACAAACAGAAACGGGCAUAACAUUAUUCAGUUAGCAAUCAUAAAUCGUUCAGAAAAAAUCUACAACCUUAUCCGUCACACCAUUAAACGUGCAGCACUACAACUACAACGAGAGCUGCAAUGGCGUAAGGAAGUGGAGAAGCUUAUGUUGCCUACAGACCUUAUAAAAGAGAAUAUAGACAUGGAGACACCAGAAAUGGUGUUCACCAGAGAACACGAUCAUUUGGUGAAGGAAGGCGAAAAAUGGAUGAAAACGACAGCAGAAUCAUGCAGCAUCACUGCUGCGCUAAUCACCACAAUCGUAUUUGCAGCAGCAAUUACAGUACCAGGUGGAAGCAAUCAAGAAACAGGCAUCCCCUUGUUCAGGAAAGAAAUCGCCUUCACUAUUUUCGCAGUAUCAGAUGCAAUCUCGCUGUUUGCAUCUUCCACUGCUCUACUAGUGUUCUUAUCCAUCCUCACUACACGUUUUUCCGAGCAAGAUUUUCUCGUCAGUUUGCCAAGACGGUUGAUUAUUGGUUUUUUCGUAUUAUUCCUCUCUACAAGUGCAAUGAUGGUAGCCUUUUGUGCAGUCUUGUUCCUUGUGUUUUGUGAUCAAAGAGCGUGGAUGGUGGCACCGAUAGGUGUAUUAGCCUGCUUGCCGAUUACAGCAGUUGUUACUCUACAAUUCCCCCUUGUGGUAGAAUUGUUUCUAUCAACAUAUUUCUCCUUUGGUAAGCAAAAUUACAUCGACCGUUGUAAAUCAAAUCUGAACAACAUGCAAUCUUUCUUUGAUAGACUCGGAAUCGAACACGAGUCGUGA